UCAUUCCGUGUGCCGUGACGCGUGAUUAUCUUUUUUCUCGCUGUCGUCAUGUUCGUAUAGAAAUUAACUUAUGCGAAGCGGAGUGUUAAUUUUUGCUAGUGAUUGUUAAAAUAUGAAAAUAAGUUAAAACCUUUUGUGAAUAUAUUAGUUAUACAAAUGUGGCGCUUAAGCCAUUUUUAUGGUAUAAAAAUUUCUCAUAAGAACAGAAAGUAUAGCAUUUCCUGCACACCGCAGAAAGCUUCAAACAUAUUUGAAGCUUUCGUGGUGGGUUUAAUGGAACUAUGAACCUGGACCCUCUAACUUCUGCUUUGACACAGAUCAGUAAUUUGGUCAUUAAUUUGAACAAAAAGAAUUAUAGUCAGAACACCCGUGAGAUCCAUCAGCUUGUGAAGCAAUUUGGUUUAGAAGCAAAUAGACAUCUUUUUCGUUGUCUGUUUUCUUUGGUGGAUUUUGGAGACAUAUCAAGUGCAGGAGGCAAAGGUUCUGCGCAGGCGCAACUGCUCAGUGCAGAGUGCGGAUCACUGCUCAAUAACCCUGCCCUUGUCUCCUUUGUCUGUUACGCUAUUGACAAUCCUUUCACGAGCCAAAAGAAUUUAAAGCCAACAUCAGAACUUCUAAAACAAAUUUCACGUACUUUAUCACUGACCACUCUUCAGGAAGUUGUAAUAUCAUUGUCACUGUUACACUCAACGAAUCCUGACACAGUAAAUAUUGCUGCUGUCCAUUUGAAAGUGAAAUUUCCUGAUCUGAUUAAACCUUACAUUGACUCUGAUAGUCAUCGGGGUCAAGAAGAAGGUGGUUUGCAUGAUACAAGUCCAGAAGUUCUGCAGUUGAUUUUGACCAGUCUAUCAAGAGGACAAAAUAUUAAGCUCGGAAUACCGGAUAUAACACACAGCCUUUUUCUUACAAAUCUGUGCAGGGACUUUCCCCGAGAUAGGGUACCCUUAAUUUUAGCACCAUUUCUUUAUCCUGAAGAUACUGAACCUUCUUGUGAGAGUAUGAGCUCGGUUGAAAAUAAUUUAGUCACAGCUGCCAUAAUGGAUAGAACGUGGUCUGAAAUGCUUUUGGAAUCAGGCUAUGCUUUUACAUCUUCUGUUGAAGAUUGUAGAACUACUUUGAUGAGUGGUCGGGAGUUAACCCCAACCGAUGUUGCCAAAAUGAUAUCUAUGAUGGCGAGGACUCAUACAAAUCUAUCUGAAGGCAUGGUAUUGCAAACACCUGGUACUUUUUGGCCAAAUUCAACAGAAAAUAAAGAAAAACCAGUCACUAAUGCAUCAGGUGAUCAUCCAACAUCAUGGAAACCAGAGAUCUUCAUACAAGCUUUAAAGGAAGUGGUGCCCAAUUUGAAUUGGAAAGAGGUUUGCAUGCAGCUGGACCAUCCAGAAUUCAUGAUUAAAGAUAGACAAGCUCUCUCAACAUUAUUCACACUAUUGCGAUUAGGUUUGCAAUCAGCUGGUUGUCAUCAGAAUGUUUUCCCAGUUGAAUGCAUUUAUCGGCAUUGGAGUAAUGUUGAGGGUCAGUUGAGUCUUAUAACUAAUAUUCUCAAGAAUCCUGAUAUAUUCUCAUUUGCGGAUCAUCCAUAUGCUCAAGUUCAUAUUGACUUGCUAAAAUCACCACCUGAGACUGACAACAAAGACAUUGCUUCCUGGAGAUCUCUACAUUUAAUUGAGGUACUACUUUAUAUUGCUGAAAGUGGGUUUUAUCCACAGGCCCAGGAGCUCUUCAAGACACCAAUUCAACAUUGUCCUGAUGUAUUAGUACUUGCUUUGUUACAAAUCAGUCCGCCUGUUACAGUCUUUCGUCAAGAAUUGUUAACUAAUUUGAUGCCUAUAUUUUUGGGAAACCAUCCAAAUGGAGCUACAAUAUUACAUAAUGCUUGGCAUUCUCAGAAUAUUGCUAUAAAACCAGUGAUAAUGCAUGCUAUGGCGGAGUGGUACCUUCGAGGAGAACACGAUCAGUCAAGAUUAUCACGUAUUUUAGAUGUAGCUCAAGAUUUAAAAGCUCUGUCCAUGUUAUUAAAUGCCAGAUCAUUUAUGUUUGUUAUAGAUUUGGCUUGCUUAGCUUCUCGCAGAGAAUAUUUGAAGCUCGAAAAAUGGUUGACAGACAAAAUUAGAGAGCACGGCGAAACAUUUGUGUCAGCUAUUAUUAAAUUUCUUCAGCGACGUUGUCCUCAAAUUAUGGGGAACAAAGUGAUAGAUGACCAGAUUCCAAAAGCAGCACAAUUACCACAUGAGACUAUCACUACAAUGUUAGCUUGUUUGCAAGUUUGUAUAGGCAGUAUACAGCAAGAGUUAUCUGAUGCCAUAAUAACUAUGGCAACUAAUUGUUCUUUAAUGUUAAGUGCUUCAAGGCAGGCUCCUCCUCCGGGUGUUUUAAGGCAACAUAGGGCAUUAGAUACCCCUUUUAAUCCAUCUAGUCUUGGUGGGCAGAUUUUCAAUGCUUCUAAUGUAGAUUCACUGGCCAAUUUAAGUUCUAAUCUGGCCAACAUGAAUUUGGGAGCACCUGCCAACACUACUUUCAAUCUUCCUGCAUCAUUAGGGCCAUUGGUUUCAUCUACUUCUGGAUCGCCUCCUAGAUUGGUAGGAGCGGGACCUUCAAAUAGUCCUUUUCCAAUUUUAUCUCUACAGCACGCAGGUGCCGUAGGAGCAGGUCCUGCUAUUGUUCAAGGAGUUAAUUCUAUAGCUAGCUUAGGGAGAAUGGGUCCCACCCCUGGUUUAGAUAAGCCAAGAAUUGUUAAUGAGGCACCUAUAUUGUUUCCUGAUAUGGGUCAAAAUGUUACUAAAGAGGUUGAAGAUGAGGCUAAUAGUUACUUUCAGAGAAUUUACAAUCAUCCCCCUCACCCUACUUUAACUAUUGAUGCUGUUUUAGACAUGCUUAAGAAAUUCCAAGAUUCCGAGCUUAAACAUGAACGUGAAGUAUUUAACUCACAAUUGUUUGGAGGAAUCAUUGAAAGAGGAUUGGUUUCUAGUUAUAUGGCUUUAGGAAUGGCUUUGCGAUUUGUUUUAGAUGCAUUACGAAAACCUGAAGGUUCUAAAAUGUAUUAUUUUGGUAUAGCUGCUUUGGAUCGGUUUAAGACAAGAUUAAAGGACUAUCAUAAAUACUGUGAACAUGUUCGGACUAUUCCCCACUUUAAUGAGUUUCCGCAACAUUUAAUAGAAUAUGUAGAAUAUGGUUUGCAAAGUGCUGAACCGCCUAAUAAACCACAAGGACCAGUUUUGCCUGCUAGCUUAUCAGCUAUGCUGUCAAAUAAUACUUCCACCAGCCAUUAUCGUACAUCAGUUGUCACAACCCCUAUUAGUACAUCGACUGUUACAAAACCUGCACCAGUAAAUACUGCAACUGCAUCUAUAAGUUCAUCAAGACCUUCUAUUGCAGUAGCUACCAAUAUUGAUACUCUUCUGGUAGCUACAGAACGAGAGGAAAAAAUGACAGCACCUCCAGAAAAUAUCCAAGAUAAGACUGCUUUCAUCUUUAAUAAUUUAAGUCAACUCAAUUUACAAACUAAAUGUGAUGAAAUUAGAGAAAUUAUAACCGAAGAAUAUUGGCCAUGGAUAUCUCAAUAUUUGGUCAUGAAGCGUGCGUCAAUAGAAUUGAACUUUCAUGCAUUGUAUUCUAAUUUCCUAGAUUGUUUAAAGAUACCUGCAAUAAAUCAUUUAGUCACAAAAGAGACUUUUAGAAAUAUUAAAGUGCUUCUUCGUUCUGAUAAAGGAAUUGCAAAUUUUUCUGAUAGGUCAUUGUUGAAAAAUUUGGGUCAUUGGUUAGGUAUGUUAACAUUAGGACGAAAUAAACCUAUUCUCCAAAUCGACAUUGAUAUAAAGUCACUGUUAGUUGAAGCUUAUGUUAAAGGCCAACAAGAAUUGCUUUAUGUUGUGCCUUUUGUCGCUAAAGUCCUAGAAUCUUGUGCUAAGAGUCGUGUUUUCAAGCCACCAAAUCCAUGGACCAUGGGUAUAAUGAAUGUGUUGGCUGAACUGCAUCAAGAGCAAGAUCUAAAAUUGAACUUGAAAUUUGAGAUUGAAGUUUUGUGUAAAAAUCUCAGCAUAGAUGUAGCUAAUUUAAAACCUGCUAUAUACCUAAAAGAUCCUGAUCGAGUUCAGAAGUUAGAAUAUCAAUUAUCCCAUCCAAAUAAAAUGAAGGAAAUUACUGCACCAAAUGCAUCAACUCCUUUAGUUCCCAGUACUGCUACGGUUACAGAUGACAUUUCUACUGUUGCAUCUGUGACCCCCACAAAUGUUGGUGCUACUAGUGAUUCAUCAGUUGGAGGCUCAGUUAAUGUAGGGCCUCCAGAGCCCAGAUUCAGUUAUUGGGAUAUCACUAUAAAUUCCACAGCUUGUUUAGCUCAACAUAUCACCGUAAGUCCCAUGAUUCAGCUCUUUCAAUCUCAUCCACAUCUGAAGUUGUACAUUCGUGGCUCUAUUGAGAGAGCGAUUCAAGAAUGGAUUUUGCCAGUUGUAGAUCGUUCCAUUAAAAUAGCACUGACUACUAGUGAACAAGUAGUACGUAAAGACUUUGCAUUAGAUCCAGAUGAAGUAAGAAUGCGCACUUCGGCGCAUCACAUGGUCAGGAAUUUAGCUGCUGGCAUGGCAAUGAUCACAUGUCGUGAUCAGCUUUUAUCUUCUAUCAACACCAAUUUAAAGACAGCUUUUCUAAAUGCUAUGGUCAAUGCAACACCACAACAAAAAGAAGUAGUUGAAAGUGCUGCAACGCAGUUGGCUGCAGACAACAUGGAGUUGGCUUGUGCAUAUGUUCAAAAGACGGCAGUUGAGAAAGCAAUUUUAGAGAUUGAUAAACGCCUCGUAAAUGAUUAUGAACUGAGAAAGAUUGCAAGAAAUGAGGGAAGGAGGUAUUGUGACCCAAUGGCUUUAACCUACCAGGCAGAGAGAAUGCCUGAACAAAUAAGAUUAAAAGUUGGUGGAAUAUCUAGCUCUCAAAUGGCAGUUUAUGAAGAAUUUGCAAGAAAUAUCCCAGGAUUCUUGCCUCUGAAUGAUAGAGAUGCUGCUUCUUUAUUUAUUCCUAAAGCCACGCAGCAAGAUUCCUUACCUGUAACUCCAUUUCCUCAAUCAACUGCAACCGUUGUACCACCUAAUCAACCAACUCCAAUAUCCUAUGGGCUGGAUGAAAUGAGUGCUAUAUAUGAUAAGCUUUUUAUCGACAUUGAGAAGUUUCUCAGCUCUCCAUUGACAAUGACUCUGACCUUACAAGCCACAUUAACCCAUGGUCUCUUAGAAUGUUUGUUACUAGCCAGAAGAUCAAGGGAGGUAGCCUCUGCAUGCAAUUUGCUACAAAGAGCAGUUGAAGGUUUACUUGAAGGUUUAACACCCAUGCCUGAAAGCCCUGAGCCAAUGAUCAGAUUUCGGGAACUACACAUGCGGGUCUUGAAAAUGCUGCAAGAUCCACGCGCCUAUGGUAUUCAAUGGACUAGUAAACAAGUUACAAGGUGCUUACAAGAAUGUAGAGAAGAAGUGCGAUACAACUUAGAUGCUAUUGACUGUCUUAUAAGGGCAAAUCUUGUCAAUAUGCAGCAGUAUGACAUAAUUAUUGCCCAGUGCAUGGACAAUGGAAACAAUUAUAUGGCUGUGACUUUUGCAAUGUCCUUAGUGCAAUUGUAUUUGAUUGAUGAAAGAUUGAGCGCACAUGUUUCGGAAGCUGAUUUGUUCAAUACUAUUGAUAUGUUAGCUAGAAUGGCUGUUCAUUCUCGUCAGCCACCUGAAGGUCUUGCCACUCUGUUGGAUAUGUUGAGAGCAACACACGAGACAAAUAAUUUCCUAGGUGAUAGAGCACCUGGAGGCCCUACUGCUCAAAUACAUAGUGGCAUUUUGCAAGUUAGGGCUGCUGAUGAUGACCCACCGGGUUUAUUGGAUAAAACAGACGUACUUCUCAGAGACUGGGUACAAAUAUAUCAUACAUCACAAGCCGCUAGAGAUCCAACAAAGGCUUUUAGUGUUUUUGUUCAUCAAAUGAAUGUUAAUGGGAUAUUAAAAACAGAUGAUCUCAUAACUCGCUUUUUCCGUCUUUCAACACAGAUUUGCGUUGAUGUUGUGUAUCGCAACUUAAAUGAUCAAUCAUUGACCCCAACUCUACUUCGUGCUAAAAGCUUUUCAUGGUUGGAUGCUUUUGUAAGAUUGGUAUCUCUACUUGUAAAACAUUCGGGAGAUUCUGGUAAUACAAGCACAAAAAUUAAUCUUCUCAAUAAAGUUUUGGGUAUUGUGGCUGGGUGCUUGCUACAGGAUCAUGAAAGUCAUGGUACAGGCUUUCAACAACUCCCAUAUCAUAGGAUAUUCAUUAUGCUUUUUUUGGAGCUUAAUGCUCCUGAACCUGUUCUGGAUAGCAUUAAUUUCCAGGUGUUGACAGCUUUCUGUCAUACUUUGCAUAUUUUGAGGCCAACAAAGGCUCCAGGAUUUUGCUAUGCUUGGUUGGAAUUAAUAUCUCAUAGAAUAUUUAUCGGGAGAAUGCUUGCCAUCACUCCUCAACAAAAGGCUUGGGGAAUGUAUGGUCAACUUUUGAUUGAUCUAUUCAGAUAUCUAGCUCCAUUCUUACGAAAUGCGGAACUGGCUAAACCUGUUCAGCUACUGUACAGGGGAACCUUGAGAGUUUUGCUUGUAUUAUUACAUGAUUUCCCAGAAUUUUUAUGUGAUUAUCAUUAUGGCUUCUGUGAUGUGAUUCCCCCAAAUUGUAUUCAGAUGCGAAAUUUAAUUUUAUCAGCAUUUCCUCGCAACAUGAGAUUACCUGAUCCUUUUACCCCAAACUUGAAAGUGGACAUGCUAACAGAAAUAUCGCAUGCACCAAGGGUAAUGACUAAUUAUGCAGCUCUUAUUCAGCCUAUCAGCUUCAAGAAAGAUUUGGACUCUUACCUUAAAGCUCGGGCUCCGGUUACUUUUUUAUCGGAGUUGAGAAGCAACAUGCAAAUUUCUAAUGAACCAGGAUUGAGGUACAACAUACCAUUGAUGAAUGCUGUUGUUUUGUAUGUUGGCACACAAGCUAUAGCGCAUAUUAGAAGCAAAGGACAAACACCAAAUAUGUCCACAAUUGUUCAUAGUGCACAUAUGGAUAUUUUCCAAAAUCUUGCAGUAGAUUUAGAUAAUGAAGGACGAUAUUUGUUUUUAAAUGCAAUUGCUAAUCAAUUAAGAUAUCCCAACAGCCAUACACAUUAUUUUAGUUGUGCAUUGCUGUAUUUGUUUGUUGAGGCGAAUACAGAAGCUAUUCAAGAACAAAUAACAAGGGUAUUACUGGAAAGAUUGAUUGUAAAUCGUCCUCAUCCAUGGGGUUUAUUGAUAACAUUCAUAGAAUUGAUUAAAAAUCCUUCAUACAAAUUUUGGGACCAUGAUUUUGUUCACUGUGCUCCAGAAAUCGAGAAGCCUAUUGCCAAAUUCAAAACAGCAGCUGUUUUAUGUUCUAACAUUCCCUUGAUUCCUGAUGGUCAAAUCCCUGCCUAUCGAUUUCCUCAGAGAGCAGCUUCUUCAUCAUUAGCAUCAAAGAACUCUAAAGCACUGUGAUGAUCAUUAUGCUUAUACUUACUGAGCAUGCUUGUGUGGAUUUUCUAAUGCUUUGCUUGCCUCGAUAACAAUGGAAAAUGUUUACAGCAUUAAAAAAUCGUGACAUUG